AUGGUGCGAAUUCCAAUGGACACAAUCAGAAUGUCGUUGACCAUAGAAAGAAGAUAUGAGCUGGCUUCUGUGCAUGCACUUGUUGAUGAACAAGAAGCACAAGAAGAAGAUAAAGAGCCAUGGUAUACGAACAUCCUUAACUACGUGACCAGGGGAGAAUACCCUCCUAACACUGAUAAAAGGGCACGCCGUUCUUUGAGGUUCCUGGCCUCACAAUAUUUCAACACCAUUAAUUUUGUACUUAAACGCUGGAAUUUGGAUGGUGUAAGUGAUUUCCCACAUACUAUUACAUCUGUCCCAAACCUUGAUGUUGUGCACAAGUUCCUAGAGUUUCUCGACAACGCUUUUAUAAGCAGAAGGCUAAAAAUCCAAAAUCUAAGGCUCUAUGUACCUCCAAUACAAGGCUUAAGUCCAAUUGGUUUUAAAGGAUUAAUAGUUGAUGAGCUUGAAGUGGAGGUCAUUGGCAAUUUAAGACAAACGACGAUUAAGUACUGUAUGUCUGAGUUUGUUUUAUCUUUCAACUCUCUGACUAAAUUAUAUAUUCAGGGUUGCAAACUACCUGAUAAUAUAUCUAUCAAUGAAAUCAAUCUUUCUGGAUUGCGCGAACUUUCGAUGAGUUAUGUCAUAAUGAAUCAGGAGGUUGUUGAUAACUUGAUAGCUAGCUGCACCAGAGUUGAGAAGUUGAGCUUCACUGAUUUCCAAGGUUAUGGAUCACUUCAAAUUUUACAACAUCCUAACCUAAAACAUCUUAUACAUAUAAGUUACAACGGCAUCCAAAUACUUGAGAUCAACUCAGAAAAUCUUUUCACACUCUUUCAUGCAAAUUCUGGUGCUCAUGGCAAGCUUUUGUUGUCGUCCUCAUGUUGUCAUACUUUAAUAAAUAUAAAGCUAAUUGGUUGUAACGUUGAUGAUGAAUUGGGCUUCGGCAUCUAUCCAAGUUUAUCAUAUUUAAAACUGUCAAAAUGUUUGUUUACCAAUUAUUGGUUAAAACAACAUCUCUCUAAACUAUUAAGUCCCAAUGUUUUGAAGAUAGUCUAUAGCUCUGGUUUAGAACAUUAUAUACAGAUCACAUCAGACAGUCGACGAAGUUUAAAACUAAGUAAAACUGAGUUGGAACUUUCUUGUGAAAAUCUGUACAACUUCACAUUUUGCUCGCAAUGGAACUUAACAUCUCUUUCUUCUGAAACUGGAAUACUACCUUCUAGCAUCAUCAUUAAGCUCCAUAUUAAUGACCCUUCAAAUUCAUGGAAUGUAAAUAUAAUCGGGUUGCUCAAGUAACUAAGGCAUUAUAAGUACUUAUAUAUUGAGACGCCAAUGAUUAAGAGUGUCAUAAUUGGAAGACUAGAGAGGCAGAGAUAUGAGUCUCCACUUUGUGAAAUUGACGAGUUGAAGGUAGCAUGUGCUAAUAUUGUGAGCUGGCUUGAUAUUACCAGAUGCAUUGAAGCAUGCUUUGGCUUUGUCCUCGUCUGAAGACUCUUCGCAUUAUGGAAUUUUACUCUCCUCGCUUUUCUUCUAAUGCACAUCUAAGAUUUAAUUUUUUGCUCAAGGUAUGUUAAGUUUUUCUUUUUUAAUAUUCUACGUUUGAAAAAUCCAUCACUCCAUAUCUGAUAUUCCCUCCCUUUUAUAAUGUUAAUUAGUUCCAUUUAGAAUUUUUUUUUUUACUUUUAAAAAUAAGAAGAAAUUUUUAUAAAAUUUCUCUUUACAUAUAAGAGCAAACAUAGUUAGUAACAUGAGAUCUUGUUUCAUUCGUCUUGGUGAGUACUAUUCAUAUUUACUUUUUAUAAAUUUUACUAGUAUGAGAAGAUAUUUGCGAAUAAAGAUAUGCAUCAAUAUACGCAAAUGGAAAUAACAUUAUGAAACCAAGGGAGCUGUAUUUUAUACAAUUCAGUACAAAUACCAUAAGAUACCUAUUCAUCUUUCUAACACACACACACACACCGUAUUACCUGUUCUAUAUUUAUUCCAUCACCAUUCCUCAUAGUAGUUGGUUGGAAUUGAA